UGUUAGUCAAGGGGGUAGAGUCUAAGUGGUAAGGAGUGGAACCGUUGCCUGGUUGUGCACCCGACACCAUGGUUGACCUCCGUAGUGGUAAGAGUACCGUUCCACAGUCAGAAGCUGAGCAGGAACGGAUCGCUGCCAUCCUGAGAGAGAGAAGGGAGAAGGAGAAGAAGGAGCUCCUCAAAGAGGCGAAGUUAAAGGCAAUAGUUGAGGAGCAGGCGGCGAAGAAGAAGAAGAAGUUGGAGGAAGAGAUGAAGAGAUUGCAGCAGGAAGAGGAAGAGAGAAAGAAGGUUGGCGAAGAAGAAGCAGCAGCAGAAAAAGAAGAAAAGGAAGAGAACUCCUCGAAAGGAGGUGUGGGGGAGAGAGAGGAGAAAGUAGUGGCACGAAGGCAGAAGACAAGUGGAUGGAGAAGAAAAUUAGCGAGUGGGUGGCUAAUUUAUAGUCGGGUGAAGAUGAGGAGGCGAUGUUGUAUGUGCCUUAGGAGGAGAAAGAAGCAUCAUCAAGGAACCAACAAGGCGGCCUUGAACUUGGAGAAGUGUAACGGCUCGGCGAACGAUGUCAGCUCUGAAAGUGGGAAAUGGAGGGAGGGAUCGUUGUGUUUCUUGAUGGUGGACGAAGAUAAGGUCGUUGAGGUACUCCCAUGUUCGAGUAGUCGGAGCCAUUCAUCCCAUCUGACACAUGUGGUUCCGGAGGCGAGAUGGGGAGAGGUGGAAAGAUUGGGCAGAGGAGCAGCUGUUGUGGAGAGAACUGUUGAAGGUGUGUGGGCAGGCGCUAGUGUUGUUGCAGGGAGCGGAAGCUAUGCGAGAAUAUCAUCAUUGAGGGCAAUUUGCGAUAAAGCCGCCAAUGAUGUUUGCGGUGAGGUAGUUGUAGCUGUGAGAAGGGUUCUCGCAGAAGUGGAAGUGCUGGCAGUUGUUGAUGUCGAUGCAGUUGUCAGUGUUGUUGCAGGGCUAUUCGUGAGAAGAGUUGUUGCAGAAGCGGAAGCGGUGGCAGUUGUCGAUGUCAAUGCAGUUGUGCUUGUAGUUGUUGUUGUAGCCAUUGUUGUAGAUUUGGGAGAUGAAGCUGUCGAUGACGAUGGCUUCGAUUUCUUUGGUGUUCGCUUGUCUUGGUUCACUAGAGGCAGCGUCUGGAGAUUUUUUGGCGCAGGGGGGUCAUGGUUCGCAGCUGUUAUCGGACGACGUGUCAUCAGUUCAUCUACCAGAGGAGGGCCCGCAGCAAGAGCCACAUCGAGGCCUCCCGGAGUUAUCCGCUCGGACGGAGGCGAGGGCGUGAGCGAGGAUACAGCGCAGCCAGGGAGCGCAGAUGGUGGACGGUCCUUCAGGGGGGGCAUCGAGCGCAGAGGGUCAUCGACCGCACACCCCAGCAUUGUCAGGCCCAGCACACAUGACGUUGGAGACGGGCACACAGAUGAGCCUCGACCGCAUUUGACGGGGAUGCGUGACAUUAUGUGUCCACCACCCUCACACCCCUCUGCCGCUGAUCCUGCCGCCCACGGGCAGGCCGCGCCGAGCGCAUUGCCUACAAGGUCUUUCUACGACGGUGCGGGCAUGGACCGGAGGGCGGGCGAUAUCGGACAGACAUCAGCAUAUGGACCGGCAGAUGUGCCCGCGGGGGCGCGAUCGAUCGGCAACGUCGAUGGCACUUGUCAUGAUUCCAUGAGAGCUUACGAGGAGCAGCAUGGGAGGCCUAUACGGGCCAAGACGAGCGAUGUCAACGACACCAGGACGGCAACUGUGAGGCUGUCACGGGUGAGGAAGAAGGGAACAGGUCUGUUGAUUCCGUAUCAUCGGCGCCGCCUGCAUCCUUUUUUCCGCAACAGGGACGAGACCAGACAGAUGCCAGCUGCCGCAGAUGGACGGGGGGGGCGGAGGGAGGUGACAGAGUGGACGAAGCAGGUCGAGGUGAGAAGAGACGAGGCGGCACGAUCAUCCUCCACGACGACAGCUCCACAGCCGCUGAGGGCGGUGAGACCACAGGCGCCGACGAUCCUGAUGACUCCGAUUACGCCCCGAGGAUCCGUACGGCGGACGGAGAUGACGACGGAGGUCGUCGCGUGAGGAUGAGGACUGGACCUGGCCCGGAUGGUCAUUGCACCCCAGCGGCACAUUUGCCGCCUAUUGAUCG